AUGAAUAUCUUAAAAUAAAAUUAAACAUAAGAAGCACAACAAGAAACAAUUUGUAAAAUUCACAAUUUAGAAUUUAUUGCAGUGGAUUUAGACUUAUCAGAUAAAUCACAGAUACAAUUCUUUUGUGGUAAAUGCUUAGUUGAAAAAAUAAAUAAUAAUAAAAUGACAACUAUAGAGUAAUCUAAAGAAAGAAUUAUAUAAAUUAAGAUUUAAUAAAAAGAGAUUAAAACUAAAGAGACUUAAGCUAGACUCAAUUAUUAUAAAAACAUAUUAGAUCAAAUGAUGGAUUUUAAACAAUCUAUUAUUGAUUCUUUGGAUAAAAUGUAAAAAUAAAUAUAAAAAUAUAUAUGUUCAAUUUAAAAAGAAAAAUAAGAAUUAUAAGAUUAUGAUUAACAAUCCAAUUAUUUUGAUGACUUAAAGCAAUUAUCAGAAUUAUAUUCAUAAGAAUAAUAGAAAUCAUCUAAAUUAGAUGAAGAUACUACCUUCAUAAAUGAAAUGUAAAGACAAUUUGAAUUAUUAUUCAAUUGUUCUGAAUACUUUUCUACUAUAGAUACUUUUAAGAAUACAAAAGAGAUAAUAAAUGAUGUUAUGGAAAAUAACAUUAUUGAAUUAAUUCCUUUAUAGACAAUAAAAUAUGAUUCUGUAUAAAUUAUAUAAAGUUAUAUAGAAAACACCAAGUUUAAGUAGAAUUUGUAAUAUUCACAAAAAGGAAAUUAUUAUGAUUAACAUGGAAUCUUAGAAUAAGAAAAUCGAGGAUAGAUUUGUUUGUGUUGAUUGUAUUUCUGAAAAUUCAUAAGUUAAAUAUUCAACUAUUGAAAAUGUAAAUAAAUAAUGGAAGGAAUAUAAUGAAGAAUCUGAUAAAAUAAUAAAAGAGUAUAAAAAGGAAAGUAAAGACAAAAAAUAGGAUUUGAUCAACUAAUUGGCUCAAAUGAGAAAGAAUUAUAAUAAAAAAUUAAAUGAAAUAAGUGAUAAAGUGAUUUCUGAAUAAUUCUUAAGUAUAGAUAAACAAAAAUAACCAAAUUAAAUAAAGAAAAUUUCCAUUUAAACAUUAGAUGAUGAAUAAUUAUUGAAAGAUUUAAAAUAAUUGAUAGAGAAGGAAAAAGAAAAAGUUUAAUUAAAUUAAACAAUAACAAAUUACAAAAAUAAAGAUUCAAUAUUCUCAAAAGAAAUUGAAUUCCAUUUAGAAUCUUUAAAAUAAUAUGAUCUAUAAGAUAUUUAGUAAUCAUUAGAUAUUCUCAAAGGUAUCUCAGGUAUUAAAUUUAUGAAAUUUCAUAGUGGAGAAAAAUCUGAUUCUGCAGCUAUCUGAAAUUAUCUAAUAAAUGUAAAAAAGCGGUUAAAAGGAUGAAAAUCAUAAAAAUUACAAUAACUUUAUAAAUGAAUUUUUAGAGUUUAUAGAUUAAGCAAAAAAAUAUCAAUUGUAAUUAAAUUUAUUUGAUUAAUCUAUUUCAAACUAUUAAUCGCAUACUUAAAAAAUAUAAUAGAUUUUAUAAAAUAUUGAAGUAAAAUCGAAUGAUGAUAAAAUAAAUAAAUCAGAAUAGUAGCCAAAAUCUAAAUAAUAAAAUUUACUUAAUAUUUUGAAAGAAUAUUAGAAUAUCUUUGAUAAUAAUAAUUAAUAAUUGUAAAAGUAUUGUAACAUACAAUAAAUGGAAAAUGAUUUAAUAAAAUUGACAGAAACUAUUAGAAAUUUAGAAAUUGAUAGUAAUAUUAUUAAAUAUUAAUAGAAACUAAUGAAAUUAAUUUAUUAUAAAAGUCAUUUGACUAACAACUCAUUCAACUAAAUGAUAAGCUAGAAUUAAAGUAAAAAGAAUAUAAAAAUGUCAAAGAAUAAUAUGAUCAAGCAACUUAAGAAAAUAUAAAUUUGAAAAAUUAAUAUGAAUAGGAUAAAAAACUAUUAAUUAAAAAAUCAGAAGAAGAAUGUAUUUGAUUCUCAUAUUAUCUAUAGAAAAAAAAAUAAAACAAGAUUUUAACCAAAAAUUAAAUUAAAAAGAUUCGCAAAUACAAGAAGCAUUAAGAAAACUUGAUUAAAUUAAUAAAGAUACCUUAGAAUAAGAGAAAAUAAAGAAAAUGGAAUUAGAAAAAGUAUUCGAUUUAUUUAUUAUUUUUAGAUUCAAUAGUAUAAUAAAUCAUUAACUUUUUCAAAUACUUAUAAACAUAAUAAUUGUUCAGUAAGUGAAGGGGGUAAACUUGUUGCUGAAGUUGGAAAUAAUCAUUGGUGUUUUUGUGUUUGUGAAUAAGCCAUUCCAAAAACUGGGAAAAUACAAUAUGCAUUUUAAAUACUUUGUGAACAAGAACUAUUUGUUGGAAUAGGAUUUAGAGAUAUAAUGAAGUAAAAGAAUUUUUACGAUUGUUGUAAUGUUGGGGAUGGGUAUAUAAAUAAAGUAUGAUAGAACAUAUUUAAUAAAAGAGAAUGGUUAUAUAUACUCUCAUCAUAACAAAGAUAUACAUGGUAAAGAAUUAUCAUUUAAAUUUAAAAAUAAUGAUAUAAUAAUAAUCGAAGUAAGUAUUGAAGAUAAAUAUAUUAAAUGGACUAGAUAGAAUAAUCCACAAUUAUCAUUUGUUGUAAAUAUGAAAAUGAUUAUUAGUAUUUGGGAAUAGAUACAUCUUAAGAAUUAUAUCCAUGUGUGGGUCUAUAUAGACAAGCUAAAAUAAAAAUAUUAGACUGUUCAUUAGUUUGA